CCCUUUGCUACUUUAAUAAUCUAAUUUAAUCAAUAAACUUAGUAUAUAAAAAAAUGUUCUCGGUUGGAUUAAAGUCAAGAACCGUUGCCUUGCGCCACGUGUCCGCCCGUUUCAACAGUACAAAGGCCCCAGUUGCUCCCAUGAAUUGGACUGAAUUCUUCACCUUGAAGAAACAAAACUCUAGAUUCAACAUGUUUUCAUCUGGGAUCACUGCCUUUGGCGGGUCCUUUGUCACACUCACCUUCUUGGGAAACAUUGAGUUGGACGUAGAAAAGCCUAUCAUGGGGUUGGAUCCCUUGAUGGUCAUGGGUGGGUUAGUAGGUCUUGGAGGAUUUGCUGGAUAUAUGUUUGGUCCAUUCCUCGGUACUGCUCUUUUCAACAUGCGUAACAGAGCCUUGUUGGAGCUGUACAAGUUGAAGAACCAACUUUUCCUCCGCCACAUCAAGGCCAAGAGAGUGGAUCCUUCCUCUCAAUCCAUGUCAAACCCUGUUCCUGACUACUAUGGAGAGAAGAUUUACUCUUUGAACCAUUACAAGCAAUGGCUUCGUGAUUGUAAUGCCUUCAGAAGAAAGUCUAGAGAAUUCCUCUAGAUUUCCAAUUGUAUAUAUUCGAUAGAGAGGGGAGUUAAUGGAAAAACAUAUAAAUAAAUAAAAUGAACUUUUUUUUAAAUAAAGGAAGUUUUGAAUAAAA